AUGCCUUCGGUGAUGGAGAAGCCGAGCGCGGGCUCCGGGAUCCUGUCCCGCAGCCGAGCGAAGACGGCCCCCAACGGCGGACAGCCCCAUUCGGAGGAUGACAGCAGCGAGGAGGAGCACUCCCACGACAGCAUGAUCCGAGUUGGAACCAAUUACCAGGCCGUAAUUCCGGAGUGUAAGCCUGAGAGCCCAGCACGUUAUAGCAACAAGGAGCUGAAGGGAAUGCUGGUGUGGUCGCCCAACCACUGUGUAUCUGAUGCCAAGCUUGACAAGUAUAUUGCGAUGGCCAAGGAGAAACACGGGUACAACAUUGAGCAGGCGCUGGGUAUGCUUUUGUGGCACAAACACGACGUGGAGAAGUCAUUGGCUGACCUGGCCAACUUCACCCCAUUCCCGGACGAGUGGACUGUAGAGGACAAAGUGCUGUUUGAACAGGCCUUUGGCUUCCAUGGCAAGUGCUUCCAGAGGAUCCAGCAGAUGCUGCCUGAUAAGCUGAUCCCCAGCCUGGUGAAGUAUUACUACUCGUGGAAGAAGACCCGUAGCCGAACCAGCGUGAUGGACAGGCAGGCCCGGCGACUGGGGGGCCGCAAGGACAAAGAGGACAGUGAUGAGCUGGAGGAGGGCCGAGGAGCCGUGAGUGAGGGAGAGCCAGAUGCUGGAGACACUAAGAAAGAGCCUCUGCUUUCCCGGCCCCUGAAUACCCGCCCAGGCCCCGGGAAGAAGGAAGUCCAGGUGUCGCAAUACCGCCACCAUCCGCUGAGGACCCGGCGGCGCCCACCCAAGGGCAUGUACCUGAGCCCCGAGGGCCUCACCACUGUGUCCGGAAGCCCGGACCUUGCCAAUCUUACACUUCGAGGCCUCGACUCCCAGCUCAUCUCCCUCAAGCGCCAGGUGCAAAGCAUGAAGCAGACCAAUAGUAGCCUCCGUCAAGCCCUGGAGGGCGGCAUCGAUCCGCUCCGGCCCCCGGAGGCCAACACCAAGUUCAACUCCCGCUGGACCACAGACGAGCAGCUGUUGGCUGUCCAAGCCAUCCGUAGAUAUGGCAAAGACUUUGGGGCUAUUGCAGAGGUGAUUGGGAACAAGACUUUGACCCAGGUGAAGACCUUCUUUGUAAGCUACCGGCGCCGCUUCAAUCUGGAGGAGGUACUGCAGGAAUGGGAGGCCGAGCAGGAUGGGGCCCCUGGAGCCCCAGCUCCCAUGGAGGAGACUAGAAGAGCGGCUCCUUUGCCAGCCCCAGCCCUAGAGGAAGAUGAUGAGGUCCAGAUUACAUCCGUCUGUACAUCUGUGCCACGGUCGUUGCCCCCUGUACCACCACCCCCUCCCCCUCCCACCUCCCUGUCACAGCCUCCCCCACUGCUGAGGCCACCUCUGCCCACGGCGCCCACUCUGCUUCGCCAGCCGCCCCCCUUACAGCAGGGCCGCUUUCUCCAGCCCCGGUUGGCCCCUAACCAGCCACCACCACCACUAAUCCGCCCAGCUCUGGCUGCCUCCCGCCACAGUGCCCGCUCGGCUCCCCAGCUUCCACCGACCCUGAUGGGAGCCCCUCUGGAGCCUCCGGCGCCAUCACUCUGA